UGUCUGUCUGUGAUUACUAUACCUUUGUCCUACACAAUGAGUGACGAGCUGGUCAUUGCCUCAACUCCGGUUGACGGAGUCAGAGUCCUCGCCUUUAACCGGCCAACUAAGCGCAACGCUCUCUCCCAGCAGCUGAUUACCGUGUUUCUGGAACAGCUACAGGAAGCAUCCCGGGACCGUGGCGUGCGAGUCAUUGUUGUCACUGGCAGCAAAAGUUUCUUUUGCGCGGGAGCCGACAUCAGCGAGAUCUCGGCUCUCGAUGCGGAGGCCGCGCGGGGUCGUCGAUAUCUAGAGGAUCUAUGCACGGGCAUGAGAUCCGUGCGGAAGCCCGUCAUUGCGGCAGUUGAGGGAAUGGCGCUCGGUGGUGGCUUCGAGGUCGCUUUGAUGUGCGACCUCAUCUUUGCCGCUCGAGAUAGCCGCUUCGGCCUGCCGGAGGUCACCAUUGGUCUCAUCCCCGGCGCCGGAGGCACCCAACGACUGACCAACGCCGUGGGCAAGUUCAAGGCAAUGCAGAUGAUCCUCCUCGGGAGGCCCAUCUCGGCAGACGAGGCCCGUUCCGCUGGACUAAUCGCCGACAUCUACGACAGCGGGAGCGUGUUGCACAACGUGCUCGAGACGGCAAAGAGCCUCGCCGCGCUGAGCCCCACGGCUCUGUCCUUCGCCAAGGAAGCGAUAUGCAGAUCGGAUGAUCUUGGAUGUGAUCACGACUUUGAGAGGAGCUUGUAUUACACGGCGUUUAGCACGGCUGAUAAGGAAGAGGGUGUGAGGGCGUUUCUUGAGAAGAGGACACCCGAGUGGAAGUCCAAGUAG